ACACUAAAGCAUUGCUACUAAAGCUCUCGUUACUAUACCACGAUUUCAAUGCAAUAACACUGGUUUUUGAAUAUCCUGCCUGGUUUUUGGAAUAUCUCUUUUACUGAAUCAUCUACCGCUGUGCAUACUGGGAGAGUUACAAAGGAUGUUUCCCAGGGAUGACCAAAAAAAGUCUCAGUGUAACCCCAGCAAUGGACCUACUAGAAUACUGUGAACUGGAAUGGAAAGGAAUGACACCUCAUGCUGAUCAAAUAAGGAAGGCCUAUGGAGAAAUCUACAGGGUACAUAAUAUCAGGUACAUUUGCAGAGUUCGUGGAGACAACUACUGUGCAUUGAGAGCGACACUGUUUCAGGUGCUCAGCAAUGGCAUACCCUUUCCAUCCUGGAUGAAAGAGCAGGAUAUCACAAAGUGGGGUGAUAUUCAUGGACUCAAGGAUAAGAAGGCACGUGAAAAGGCCUGCAAGCUCCUGUUCAUGGAUGAAUCAAGCGAGUACAAGAUGUACGAGGCAGUGAAAUUCCUCAUGCUCUACCUGGCCAUUGAGAUGUUUGAGGGCAUGAGACACGGGCAAGAUGUCCCCAAUUUCUGUGCAAUCCUUUUCUCAAGGGACACAUCUUUAGACCCUUUUAGCUUCAUGCUAAAUCACCUGAACACCAUUGGUGACUCUGGUGGCCUUGAGCAGAUUGAGAUGUUUCUUCCUGGAUACACAUUACAGCUGCAAAUGCAAACCUUCAGACUGUACAAGUAUGACACAGAGGAAUUUGAAGUUAGUUUCACUGAUGUAUGUGGGAGGGACUGGCACAAGAUCACCCUCCUGACAGAGGACGACAGACAUUAUAACAUACCUGUUACCCACCAAUAGGUAGAGGAUGAAACCACAAGAGCCUCUGAGUAAAUCAUGUUGGGUGCUGGUGAUAAUCAAUAUUGAGUCAUGACGGAGUGGGUCACAGCCCGAUUUGUUUUUUUGAGUUGUUUAAUAUUCUGGUUCUAUAAACAUUUCCUUGUGGACAGCACUUCCUGCUAGGUACAGUAGCAACCACAUAAUGUAUGAAUCUUUUUUUGACAAAUCUUCAUAGGACUAUGAAGUUAUAAUGUAUAUAUUUGGAAAGGAGAGUGUAAAAAACUUAUGUUAAAUAUUUUAAAUAAAGCACAGGUGAUGCACUUGAGUUAAGGGUAGUAAUACUAAAUUAAUAGUAUCCAAUCUGAUUGUAACUCUUUUGAAUCUAAUAACUACAACUGAGUGUCACAAAAGCAUCGCUAAUGGGAAUGAUCCU